AUGUCAUUUUACUUAGAGAAUUGUAAUGAAUCCAUUGAUGAGUAUGGACAGACAGCAUUAAUGUUUGCUGCCAGGGGAGGACACCUGGAGAUCUGUAGUCUCCUCAUUGAUACAGGAUGUAAGAUCGACAUCACAGAAACAGUUAAUGGAUUGACAGCAUUAAUGUGGGCUGUCGAUGGAGGACACCUGGAGGUCUGUAGACUCCUCAUUGAUACAGGAUGUAAGAUCAACACCACAACAGAGGAUGGAUGGACAGCAUUAAUGUGGGCUGCCGAUGGAGGACACCUGGAGAUCUGUAGACUCCUCAUUGAUAGAGGAUGUAAGAUCGACAUCACAUCAAACCGUGGAUACACAGCUUUACAUUGGGCUGUUCGGGAGGGAUAUCUACAGACCACAAGAUGUCUGGUAGAACAAGGAGGUGCCAGUCCCUUGAUUACAACACAUGAGGGUGAGACUCCAUAUGAUAUAGCAGCCAGAUGGAAAGAGAGGCAGUAUAAAGAAGUGAUGGAAUACUUACAGACUGUCAUGUCAGAGAAAUCUCCAGGUGUGACUGCUGGUCAAGGGAUAGAAGAUCCAAUCCACACACAGACAAAGUCCGCUAUGUUAAACAGGUUACUUGGCAGUGGAACGUAUGUUUCCUAUGACAUGCGCUGUAUGGUAACAGGCCAGUUCGCGGUCGGAAAAUCGAGUCUUGUCAAGCUCUUAGCUGGUGAUGUCGUCCCAGAAGGAAGACAUCCUACUGAUGGGAUUUCCCUACUAGAAGGUCGGUGUGGCCUUGAUGUUGAGACUAGAAGCUGGAUUUAUAUUGAUCCAGAAACGUAUGACGCUUUAGAUGUGGUUUAUAAUAAGGUGUUGAUGACUUCAGUAGAAGAGGAUGAAAGAAAAGAAGAAAAAACACCAAAGAAACCGCAUUCACCAGAUACAAACCCUGUUAGAAGUGAUGAUAAAGUGAUGACAGCUGGUCCCUCCAAACAGCCUCUAGCAGCCACAUCUGUCUCACCUCAAAUAUCUGACAGUGUGUCCAAGAGAAUACCAGAGGUAAAAACACACAUGAAAUCGAAAAUGACAAAAGAAGAAAUAAGAAAGAGAAUGGAAAAAGUCCUCAAAAGUGGAGACUACAAGAUGAAAGUUGGAAGACUGAUUUUUUGGGACUUUGGUGGACAGUAUGUUUAUUAUACGACACACCAAACCUUCAUGACGUUCAGAGCUUUGUUUCUUGUGGUAUUCGACGGAAGCAAAGGAUUACAUGAACUAGUCCCAGAUGUUCUGUGUUUUCCAGGACAGCACAUGACACCAACCCCAGCAGUAUUCCUUCAACAUUGGGUUAACUCAAUCCUAACGUAUUGUAAGGUGGUAUAUGUAGGCAUUCCAAAGAUCUUGUUUGUUGCCACCCAUAAAGACAAAAUACCAGUGGAGGAUGUGGAGUCCAGACGUGAGGAGCUGUAUAAUGGAGUAGAGGAAUUGUUUAAGGACCACGAGGGACGAAACCAUCUAGUUCUAACACAACGGAUAUUUGUCAAUGCAAGGAAUAACACAGAUACCGAAAUUGAAGUCCUUAAGAAAGCCAUCACAGAACUAACAUUUGAACAUCCUUGUUGGGGGGAGAAGAUGCCCAACGCUUGUGUACCCCUUGAACUCGAGAUAGCAGAGCUAGUGGCAGAAGGAAAACAAAUCUUAUCAUUGGAGGAAGUUGAAGAAUUGAAUGCUAUAAGCAAGGUGUCAGUAUUGUCUCCAGACCAACUCAAAGAUUUCCUAAAUUUCCACCAUUCCCUGGGGAAGAUUGUGUACUUUGAGACUCCACAACUGAAAGAUUUUGUAAUCAUCAACCCCUUACUCAUGGUGGAGGUUAUGAGGUCCUUUGUGACAGAUAAAGUAUUUUGGCCAGAGGAAAAAAGAAUUCAUGAUACUUUUAAAAGAAUGUCAAAAUGUGGGACCAUAAGACGGGAAGACCUCUACCUAAUUUGGGAGCAAAAAGAUUUCCGUGCAAUAUUGCCAUACAAAGAGUUUAUAUUUAACAGCUUGAUUUAUUUAGAUAUCCUAGCAGAGCAACGGAGAUAUGAUACAACUACAGGAAGUCGGUUACCAGUGAAAAACUUCUUUGUUCCCUGUAUGGUUACAGAGAAAAAUACCACAUGCUUCAUGGACAAAGAAUGUACACCAGAGAGAGCUAUAUGCUUAGCGUUUUUAUUUAAAGGCACUAUUAUACCACCAGCCCUACCGAAUCGUCUGAUCAGUGCAUGUCUGAGCAUGUGGACCGUGAAGCAGUAUGAAGGGAGACAACUCCUGUUUUCAGGAUUUAUUGGUUUAUCAUUUGACAGGUCACAUGAUAUUGUUGUAUGUGUUGAAGGCAACAAGAUUCUUCUUUACAUCAUUCACAGAACCUCCUCCGGGUUAAUCGUACCUGAUAUAGCUACAGGUGUUAAGGAAUGCCUGGUCAUCACAAUGGAAAGAAUCUCAGAUUUCUAUCAGUCCACAGUCCAUGCAAAACGCAGCCACCCAUCACCUUUCAAUAUCGAAUAUUCAUGUUUCAAGAUGCAAUGUUUCAUCAGUGAAGAGGAAGCUUUGCAGACCAAAAAAUGGGUUUGUGACAAACAUAAACAUAUACACACAGCAGGAAACUGGUUUGUUUGGAAUCAAGAUCAGAAAAAAGAACAGUGUGAAGAUCAUUGUCAAGGUCUAAGUGAUGAUGCGCUAAGUCAGAUACCAAGUGAUAACGAAUUGUUGCGCUUUUCAAUCCACUGUGCAUCAAGCAAAAUGCACAGCUUCGUAACAUAUCUUGGAAUGUUACAGAAAUGGGAGGAUAUAACCUACAACUAUCCAGAUAAUAUAGAGGUUUCCAAGUUUUUAGUAUUAUCAAAAUGGAAAGAGCUGAAUGUAAAGGGAAGUUUUAAAAUCUUAGCAGAAGCUCUAAUGGAAAUGGAGAUAUCACCACAUUUAUUAUGUCAAGUUAGAAGAGUCAAGAAGGCAGAAAUAGAUAUUCCAGCCGAUUACUUUGAUUUUAUUCCAACAGAUGAGAUUCUAGAUAAGUUAGCUCCACAAAUUGGUCAGGUAUUCUUUCAACUGGGUGCUGAAUUUGGAUUAUCAAUUUCCAUCUUGGAAAAUAUAAAGACCAAGAAUCCGAGAGAUUUGGCAGCUCAGAAUAGGGAAGUAUUAUUUACAUGGAGAGAAGAUAGGUCUGUAAAACCUACGAUAAGGGUCCUUAUACAGGCUUUAGUAAACAUUGGGAAAGGAGCCAGGUGUUUGAAGGAAGUACUAGAAAAUGUUGAUCAAAGCACACUCAAAGCCUCAGAAGUAAUGGAAAAUGUUGAUCUAAGCACACUCAAAGCCUCAGAAGAAAUGGUACACAAGAGUAAAGGUGCAAUUCCGAAGCUGCGGACAAUAAAGCAUUUUGCUGCAACAAUAAAAUCUGACAAACAGACACCACGUCAGCGAAACUUAAAAAGGCCAUCCCGGAUACCUGUAGCAGUAAAGCAGGUGGUAUCAACUGCACAGAUAACACCCAGACCAACUGAUCUGCCACCAAAAGGAAAGAGAAGUGACAAAUCUUAACUCUAUCAAGCUUUAUUGAACCAAGGAAUUUAAAUGACACCAUAUUGUUAUGCCCCAUCUACGAUAGUAGUAGGGGCAUUAUGUUUUAUGGUCUGUGCGUCUGUUCGUCCGUCCGUCUGUCUGUUCGUCCGUCUGUCCCAUGUCAGGUAAAAGUUUUUGGUCGAGGUAGUUUUUAAUGAAGUUGAAGUCCAAUCGACUUCAAACUUAGUACACAUGUUCCCUAUGAUAUGAUCUUUCAAAUUUAAAUGCCAAAUUAGAGUGUUUACCCCAAUUUCACGGUCCAUUGAACAUAGAAAAUGAUAGUGCGAGUGGGGAAUUCGUGUACUGUGGACACAUUCUUGUUUUAAAAUCAUUUAUUUAUUGUGUCCAACUGUAUACUAGUUUAAAAAAAUGUUAAUGACUGAAAGCAAAUAAAAUACAUAAAUACUUCAAAUUUCAAAUCCAUUAUUUUCAUCACGGAUAUUUAAAGCAAGGACAUGUAAUAUGAUAGAUUGUCAGACAACUAUCCACAAAAGACAAACAAAAAACAUUCACAGAAAUGAAUAUACAAAAUGCUCUUUCUUACUCAAUGUGCCUUAUAUACUGAACAGCAAAAGAAAUGUCGCAGUAAUUUAAGGCAAACAUAAUGGAAGAAUAAAUGCUAUAUUUUUUUUAUUGAAUAGGCGUAUAAAUACCCUUAUUAUUUAACAAAUUCGCAUUAUUUCAGUUCAUUUAGUGUUCAUUGAUAAACUUUUUCACUACCAUAUCACAGAUUUAUUUAAUUCAGGUCCGCCAUUAGCGUUGAGUACGUAAACUGUCAUUUGUACUGUUUGUUGCAUUGUAGCAUUCACGCAUACUUUGGGUGGUGCAUUUGGAACGACUUGAAGUGGCUGUCCAGCAUUCAAACGUCUGAUUGCCUGUUCUCGUUAUCCUGAGUUAAGUCGUGGUAUCAGUACUGCAUCAAAAAGAUUAUGAUGACACAAAAACUUCGUACCUUUAAAAUACCCUUAUUGAGGUACGGAGUCGACGUGCAUCUCAUCAUCAUGAAAUGUGACUGCGAAAGGUGUCCCACGGACCUAUAAGACCGACCGAAUUAAUGAACGCAGUCAGCCAUAACAAAGAUUUAAACAUAAUCUUAGCUUCUUUUGAAGGUAAUUUACCUAAACCAAAAGGAAAUAGAUAUUUUUAUCAAUGUAUUUGAAAAUUUAGUCUUUUGAAAAUUACGUUUCUUUUGCGGUUCAGUAUAUAUAUGCACUCAAUAAUUAUCUGUUGUACACAAAUUUCGUGCACCUCUUAAAUAAAUGAAAGUCACCAUCUUGGAUUAUAUGAAAAGAGUUGAUAAUUAUGUACACAAAACAAAAUGCAUAUCAGCACUGUAUGUUAGUAUAUAUAUGCUAGAAAGUUUGAAGGUUAUGAAUUGAAAAACUAUAUAAGAAAUGUGCAUUGUAAACACUGAACAUGCGUAAUAGAUAGGUUCGUAAUAAAAACAAUUCAUACUGACGUAGUAUCAUCACACAAGAAAUUCUUAAAAAAUAAUCCAAAUAUGUAAACAAUUUUUUUCUGAAUAAAUAAACAUUGAUCAAAUCUUUCAAGUUUUUGGGGUUGUCCAUGUCCCCUUCCCUUUCAUGAAUUUGACCUACCGAAUAAGACUAUCUACCGGAUUUGUAAUCACAUAAGCAACACGACGGGUGCCGCAUGUGGAGCAGGAUCUGCUUACCCUUCCGGAGCACCUGAGAUCACCCCUAGUUUUUGGUGGGGUUCGUGUUGUUUAUUCUUUAGUUUUCUAUGUUGUGUCAUGUGUACUAUUGUUUUUCUGUUUGUCUUUUUAAUUUUUAGCCAUGGCGUUGUCAGUUUGUUUUAGAUUUACGAGUUUGACUGUCCCUUUGGUGUCUUUCGUCCCUCUUUUAAGGGAGUUGAUAAAACUACACUGUAGCAUCUUGCAGCAUCUUUGCAUUCAGACUGACCAUCACAAAUUGGUCUGAUACACAAUUUUGACUGUUCUUCUUAAAAUGUAGCCUCUGAAAGGUUGUGUUAUGCUGUUAUGGCAUGGGAUCGGUUUUUGUGUGACGACAGGGGAGAGCUUAGGUAAUUUUUCAGCAAAUGUUUCAAAAUUUAGCUCAAAUUUAGCACAAUUUUGUACAAUUUUUUUUUUAUGUUUCCAUUCAUUUUUAUUUAAAUUUUUAAUUCGCCUGUCCCAAGUCAGGAGCCUCUGGCCUUGUUAGUCUUGUAUGAUUUUUUAUUUUAGUUUCUUUUGUAUAAUUUGGAGCUUAGUAUGACGUCCAUUAUCACUGAACUAGUAUACAUAUUUUAAGGGGCCAGCUAAAGGACGCCUCCGGGUGCGGGAGUUUCUCGCUACAUUGAAGACCCAUUGGUGGACUUCGGUUGUUGUCUGCUCUAUGUUCGGGUUGUUGUCACUUUGACACAUUCCCCAUUUCCUUUCUCAAUUUUAUUUUAAUGUUCAUUAACAUGAUUAGUUGCCAUUACAUGGUGUUCAUGAAGUGUGUUGUAAUUUAUGUAUUAUAUGUAUAGUUUUUAUUCUUAUUAAUCUAAAAAUGUCAUUGCUUUGUUAUCAUGUUAUUCAAAUUGUAAGUAUUCGUUAACAAUAAUUUCAUUUGAACAUUUUAUUUACUAUGAUUAUUCAUCAUGAGUCUCUGUCCUUUUAUAUACUUUUCUGCGACCUUUGAAUUCAUAUUUUUGUAAUAACAAAAAUAAAUCAAUCUCCUUGGUUGACUCAGUCC